AAUCGGUACAUCGUGAAUCUUUUGGUCGAGUCGUCGCCGUAAAUUUCGCGGUUUAAUUUCACGGGCUCCCCAACGAUACUUCGGACGCUACUGAACUCAUUCUCGCCGACCCUCUCGUUCCUGGGCAUCAGGGUUUCCAUACCGCCCCCCUCUCGCUUUAGCCCGCCCCUCCUCACCUUCCCCUCCCUUGUCGUCCCUUACCCACGAGGAAUAGCAGCGACCACACUCCUUCUGUCAUUUGGGACCGGCGCUCAGGGAUCUACCGCUAUUCAUCCCUCAUGCUCUGAGGGUCUGCCUUUUGUCUUUUUGUCCACCCAAAAAAGGCAGAGCGAUGAUUAGCUUCAGGGCGGAACAUCAUUCAGAUUCUUCGAGACUCCGUCAAGAUCACCCCUACCGCGGAAACGACAUCGGAUCGUUCAACGACAAUGUCAAUGGCCAGUGAAACCAGUAGUACCACCACCAUGACGACCUUUUCCGCCCCGGUCCCUGCUACCAAAUCGCUGCCCACCAACCAGUCAGCGCUAGCGGCCUCUUUCACCAACUUCCUCACGGUCUCCGUCCACCAAAUACUGUUCCUGCGCUCCGUCUAUCCACGCGCCACAUUCCUCCCGGUGCGGGCAUACAACUACCCCGUCCGCCAAUCGCGUCACCCCAAGGUCUGCGACUAUAUCAACGAUGCAUCAAUCGCAGUUGGGACAGAGAUUUUGAAAGGCACAAUCACCGCAGUCAGUAUUAUCAUUUCAUCUCUGCGCUCAAACCAGCCCCUCGAACGAUAUGCCUUUGAUCUGUCGGGAUUCCCUCGCGCUCCAGCUGGAGAGGUGAACACUACAUUUGAGAGCAGAAAUGAAGAUUCAUCCAAUGCAGGUGCCCCCGAGGGCCCCGCGCCAACUUCCGUCGAUCUCGAGGCCCAGUUCCGAGCCUGUCUGGCCCGACUUGCGUCUGCCUGUGCCCGAUUGACACCCCUGCCACGAGACGAUGAAUUCAGCUUUACCGUAUGCAUCGAAGUUCGGGAGGAUGCUCUUCCCCCUGCAGGAACCACCAACGAAGAACAAACGUGGAUUGUGGCCGAGCCCGGCAAGGUGCAUUUGCGAUCUUGCACCGCUCCACACUCCGUUUCCAAGGUGCGCAAUGGUGAGACUCGGCAGCAGCAACCGUCUCCUCCGGUCUCGAAUGGCCGCGCCAAAACGGUACCGGUACGACGAGUGGAGGCCGGAGAACUGCGCUUGGAGUUGUGGGUGGAGGAGGCACGGCAGAAAUUCGGUGAACCGGUGGAUUCGGAGCAGCCCCCUUGAAACACACGCGCUUCAUUCUUUUUUUCUAAAAAAAAAAAAAAAGGAUCUUCCUGGAGCGCCUAAGAAUCGCCUUUGGAGACCAUACUUGCCGUGUCAUUUCCUGGUUUAGGAUGUCAUGUCCUUCCUUUGUUUCUUUAUCCACCACCCAUCCUACCACAUCCUCCAAACGACCAUACCACACUGCCGCCACCACCCAUUUACCCACCUACUCACAUUUUCUUACCUCCAUUUCAGUCUCAUUCUUGUUUUAGCGUGACCAAUGACCGAACAUAUAUGAUGGGCGAGGGAAUUAAGAAUUGCCUUCCUCAAGAAAGUGGCGCAAAUACAUAAAAUGGGAAGCAGAAGAUUUUGGGACUCACAUGGCAUUUACUUACAUAGAUCGGGUUUUUCUUUUCUUUUCUAUUAGCUUGUGCUUACUUUCUCUUUUCUACAUUGCUCCAUAGGAUACUUUUGGUCCUCUUUUACGCUUACGACAUUCCUUCUUUCCUUUUCUUAUUACUUGACCUCUUCUUCUCCUCACCUCCUUGACUUUCGUCAUCAUCCAAGGUCUUUAUCAUUUGCAUAUCUCCAUGCCGAUCCGUGGAUAUAAACUGGCCUCGUUGGUCUUAUUUAUUGCGGUCUGGCCUUUUCUUUUUUCUUCUUCCAUACCAUCCUCAUGUAUCUCAUUCGUCUCCUUUGUUGAUAUUUUCAACUACAUGAAAUCUCCAAUAUUCUAGAGCCAAUUUCCAAUUAUUUAAAUCUAGCAGCCAUUCCUACACGAUUCCGGUUUGCCCUCCUUGUACAGUACGAUCUAACAUGUGCUUCUCUCUCUGUUUCUUUCAUACCUCAGCUUUGUUCCCUA